UAUGAAUCCAAGAUUGCUCUGGGUUACUCAGUCGGGUAGCGUUGAUGCUCUACAUUCUCUUAUUCAAAACGAACCGUGUAUUCUUCAAAACGCAGACGUUUUACAAUUCACCCACACUCCUCUCCAUGAAGCUUCAUCUACCGGGAAAAUAGACUUGGCGAUGGAGCUAAUGAUUCUGAUGCCAUCUUUUGCUCAUAAAUUGAACACGGAUGGGUUUAGUCCUCUCCAUCUCGCUGUGCAAAACCACCAACUUGAGUUAGCUCUAGAGCUAAUUAAGUUUGAUCCCAGCCUUGUUCGUACUCGAGGAAUAGGAGGUAUGACACCGCUGCAUCUUGUUGUACAAAAAGGUGACGUCGAUCUUCUUACAGAGUUUCUCCUGGUAUGUCCUGAAAGCAUUAGAGAUGCCAAUGUAAAAGGAGAAACUGCUUUGCACAUCACGGUUAUGAACGAUAGAUACGAAGAGCUCAAAGUUCUCAGAGGCUGGCUGCAACGAUUGCGCAAAGCUGAUGCUUCAUCCACGGAAAGUCACGUCUUGAACCGAUGCGAUCGUCAAGGAAACACGGCGUUGCACUUAGCAGCAUACAAGAAUAAUCACCAGGCAUGUUCUUGCCUUUCUUUGUACUUUUAUCCUAGGUGUUUAAGUGGCGGAUCCGUAAUCAUUGCUAACUUGUUCAAGCGAUUGUCCCGUAAU